CGUGUAUCUUUAUAACCUUUCUAACUCUCCUAUGCUAAUCUCAGAGGGGCACCCUCAAUAUAUCUGGAUCACCGUGUCGCUCGGCUGCCUCCUUCUUGCUGCUCUUGCUCCUGUGAGGAUACGUUUUAAGGGCUGCUUUGCUGGAAUCCCCUGCACCUGGUACUUUUGGGGGUGGUGUGUGCCUCACCAGGCCACUCCCAAGGGCAUCUCUGAAUGGAUACAAUAUAACUCUCCAAGGGAGAGAAGUGUGUUCACUCCCUUUGGCUGGGUCCUUCCUUUCCAGAGGGUAUUUGGGAUGGGGCAUCUGACUGCUCCCACUGCCUUCGGUCAGGCAGGACUGGAGAAGGGGGAGAUGAAAGUGAAGAUGCCUCUACCAUCAUUACAAGACAGUUUCAACAGACCCCCCUGCAAAUCAUUUUCCAACCCCCGUCAUGUUGAACCUGAAACUGGAGCUAGCACCCUGGGAGAAAAGGGGAUGGUCUUUGUAGGAUUCCCAUUCUUUGGCAACAUGGCUUUUCUAUUUGACCUCUAGGCACUACUAUGUGAAUGGGAAGGAUCUGCUUGGCAGAAUUGGAGUUAAAGCAUCACAUGCUUUUUUAGAUAAAUGAAACAGUGUUGCCUAAGCAGGCCUCUGUAUCUUGCCUUUCUGACUUGGGACACUCCAUGACACACUGCUUCCAAAUAUCCAGACAAAGUCUCCAUAACUGAGGAAAAAAAAUUUGGGGGUGAAGGGGGGAUGAAUCAACAGAGGUCAUGGGAAAGGAACUGGGGAGAAAGGGGCUACCCAAGAGCUGUUUUAUUGGCUUAGGGGGAUCUACCUACAGGGUAGAUACCCUUUCUGUCAGCCAGUUGGGGAGAAGCAGAAGCUCUAUUCACAAAAGAAACUUACACAGUGCUGAGAUACCAGGCCAAUGCAGCAGUUCCACAGCCUUUGUACUCCCCACAGAAAUACAAAUAGAAAUUACCCCAGAGUCAACAGGCCCAUUUGAGAAUAUGUUGUCCCAUUGCCCCCAGAGCCUGCUCUAGCUUGUCAGACCAUGUGUUUUGCUUGCUAUAAAAGAUAUCUUCACUGCACCCAUAGAUGAUGAGGCGAAUGCCCAGUUGCUCCCCUGAAGUAGCUUCAUUAUGCAGCCCUCCCUCCCUCUCACACUGAAACACCCAGACUCAUAGCCAGAUACCUGCCUUAGAUGUGUUCAUACAGUACACAACCACACACAGAUAAAUAAGCACCUUCUUACACCCAGACUAAUAUACAAAGAAUGCCCACCCACAUAUUCCUCAGUUUGUCAGCAUCUCAUCGAUCCAACCAUAGCACCACUAAUACUCCCUCUCACAAACACUUGACUUUUGACCUAUCUUUCAUUGGCUCAAGUUCAAGGGGAUAGAGGAGCAGUGAGAGUCAUCAGCUGCCUUCCCCUCCAACUUCCCAGCAUGCCCCUUAUCUCUGUCUCACACUUGACUCCUGGCCCCUUCUUCCUUCCUUGUGCUUAAAAUCCUUGCUGGAAAGCCCCUUGGCUUCCAGCAUCCCUUUCCACUUUUGGGAAAAUACCCAUUUGCUUGUCCCCACCUUUUUCCUUUCCCAAGUGUAGGUCUCCGCCAGUGAAAUCUAACCUCAAAACAAGAAGCCUUGGCCCGAUGUCCUAUGUGGGCCUGAUGCUUAGGCAGGCAAUGGGUGUGGGGUAAAGGUUUCCUGAAAGUGCCCCUCCCUGUGCCACCCCAUGGCCCUGCCCAGAACUCAUGGCCUUCAUUAGUCCCAAGCACUUAUCUUGGAACCACAGCAGGUGACAAAACUAUCCCAGCCCUUCUCUCUGCCUGCCCUGAGUCCAGCAGUGUCAUGGGGAACUGUCUGCAACGGGUGGACUCCUCCUUCACUGGUGGGAACUCGAGUAACAUUACCUUUGAAGAUGAGUUUUGGAUUGGUUGGAAUAAUUCCUACGGACCUGGUGACUAUAACUACGCUGGACUGGAAGCAGCUGCCCCCUGCCAUUCCUGUAAACUGCUGGAUGAGUCCUCACUGCCUUUCUACAUCCUCGCCAGUAUCCUGGGCAUCCUUGCUAGUACAGCUGUCCUCUUUGCUUUUCUCAAGCCUCUAUUUUACUGGCAGCCCUGUCCUGGCUGGAAGAUCCUUGUACAGCUAGCUGUGGGCAGUGCCCUCUUCAGCAUCUCAGUGCCCAUCCUGGCACCCAUGCUAAGAGGUGCCCACAACAUCCACCUGUGCCGCCUGGCCCACUUGGUCUGGUAUGGUUCAGCCUUUGCCCAAGCUUUGCUGAUAGGCUGUCAUGCCUGCCUGGGUCCCAUACUGAGUACAAACCAGUUUCCAGGCCUCACCCUGGGGCUCACUGUGGGACUUUGGGGAGUGGCUAUCCUACUGGGGCUGCCAGUCACCCUGACCAGUGACACUUCCAAUGGACUCUGCAUCCAGAUAUUCAGCCAGGACAUUUUGCAGUUUAUGCAUGCUGCUGUUUGUUUUGCCAUCUUUAUCCUGUUGCCACUGGGUUUAUUGGGAGCCAAGGGCCUGAAAAAGAUAUUGGACAGGGGGCCAUGUCCCUGGGUUAAUGUCUUAUGGGUCUGGUUCAUUUUCUGGUGGCCUCAUGGAAUGCUUCGGGGAUUGGACUCACUAGUGAGAUCCAAGAUUUUGGUAUUGGCAUCAUGUCCAGCCCAGCAGGCUCUGGACUUGCUGCUGGACCUGGCAGAGGUCCUGGCAAUACUGCACUGUGUAGCUACGCCCUUUCUCCUGGCCCUGUUCUGCUACCAGGCCACUCAUACUUCCAUGCCCUCUUUACCUCUCCCAGAAAGAUAGUCCUCUCAUCUGGAAACCCUUGAAGGAAAAUCUUAGCUCUCUUCUACCUGCCAACCUGAAUUAAAGUCUACACUGCUUUUAUAAA